AUGGGCCAUGGGAAGCCAGUGCUGGGAGCUGAGCACUUGGAUGGCGAAGGGGCAUCUAAGCAUACCUUCGAGGUAUCUAUCUUCACUACCAGGGGUUUUCACCAGAAUCAGAGAAAAGAUGCAAAUGCUGCAUUGCUAAGUAACUUUGAGGUGUUCCAGUUACUUACUGAUCUUAAGCAGCAGCGCAAAGAGAGCGGAAAAAAUAAGCAGAGCUCUGGUCAGCAGAAUCUGAACACAAUCAUGUAUGAAACACUGAAGUACAUUUCAAAAACACCCUGUAGAUACCAGAGUCCUGAGACUGUGAAAGAUUUCCUCGUAGCAAUGAAAGGCCAUAAGCUAACCAAGGCAGAAAAGCUCCAGUUGCUUAACCACAGGCCUGUGACCGCAGUUGAAAUACAGCUGAUGGUAGAAGAAAGCGAGGAAAGGCUAACAGAAGAGCAGAUUGAGUCACUGCUCCAGACAGUCACCAGUAUUCUUCCAGGGGAUCCAGAAGAGCAACGGAGAGACUCAGAAAUGGCAACCGAAGACAAAGGUGACCAAGUGUAG